AUGGACCCAUACGAAUUCCCCCCUGGAACGAUAUUUCUGGACCCUGAGCGGCUGGACAGCGGCAAAAAUGAUAUCAUUCUGGAACCUAAGCCCAGCGCAGAUCCCAAUGAGCCUCUCAACUGGAACAAGUACCGAAAAGGCAUCAACUUCUUCGUUGUCUGUUUCUUCACGUUGUUGGCCUUCGCUCUCAAUUGUAUCCCCACAGUGUUCUGGGGCCCAUUGAACGAGGAGUUGGGCUUCACGUUUGACCAGCUCAACAACGGCUAUGCCAUGGGUCUUGCCGGUCUCGGCCUGGGAUGUCCGUUUCUGAUUCCCUUUGCCAACAAGUUUGGAAAGCGGCCUGUCUACCUAUGUGGUAUUGCUGCCGUUGUGGGAACUGCCAUCUGGCAGGCCAAAAUGUACCAUCCUUAUGACAUGUACAUUGCGACGUUCAUUGACGGUCUGGCUGCUUCGCUGACCGAGACAAUUAUCCAGAUGACGGUCGCUGACCUCUUCUUUGUGCACCAGAGAGGUACCAUGAACGGCAUUUUCAUGACGGUUGUCGAUAUCGGCAACUUCCUCGUGCUGGUGCCUGGAGGAUACAUUACCGACUCGCUCGGCUGGCGAUGGGUAUUCUGGAUUAUCGCCAUUAUCGACGGAGCUUUCUUGGUCUUCUCUUUCUUCUUCUUUGAAGAAACAAAGUACCUUCCUGAACAGACACUGAUCACAUACAAGGACGUGGAGGUGAAUGAAGAAGACGACAAGCCCCGAGUCGAAAAGAGUGCAGAUGCUCCUCUCUCUACUGCCACCCGAUACCUCCAUGAAGACCGUCUGAGAGAGAACCUGGAGGACUCGAGAAUCUCAAUGUCUCAGUCUCGUCCUGUUUCCCAGGCGCCCUCCAGACGAAACUCCUUGUCUCAUUCUCGACCAGUUUCUCAAUCAACCUCCAGAAGAAACUCCAUGGACAUCAAGGAGGCUGUUUCUGAACACGAGAUUGUUGUCGGUGACUCAAACACCCCCUCAGUGGCUGACAACAUUGUCUACCACCCUCGACCUCUCAAAAAGCGUCUUGCUCUGUGGACAUACUCGCCUGGCUCAUGGAAGAACUUCUUCAAGAAGAUGUACACGCCUUUCAUUGUGCUCUUCACCUUCCCUAUUGUCUCGUUUGUGGCCAUCAACUACGCCUUCAUGCUCACCUGGCUGGCGAUGGCUGCUACCACUAUCGCCAACUCCUUCUCCAGCGAGCCCUACAACAUGUCUUCCACUGCUAUUGGAAACGUGAACAUUGCUCCUUUCAUUGGUAUGGCUCUGGGAGCUGUCUUCGGUGGUUAUCUCAAUGACAAGUCCAUCUUGUGGCUCACCAAACGAAACGGAGGUUUGUAUGAACCUGAGAUGCGUCUCUACUCAAUGUACCUCGGAGCGGUCGCCGUCACUGUCGGUGUAUUCAUGUUUGGCAUUCCCAUUGCAGAGGGAAAGCACUGGAUGAUUCCCACGGUUGGCUUCUCGCUCAUCAUGUUUGGUUUCGGCUCAGUGGGAUCCAUCUCCAUCACCUACAUGCUUGAUUGCUACAAGGACAUGGUUGCUGACGCGUUUGUGGGCGUUGUGGUUGUUCGAAACGCCUUUGGAACCAUUGUUUGCUUUUCUCUCGAGCCCUGGAUCAACCGAUGUGGUCUCAAGACCGUGUUUAUCAUCUCUGGAUGUCUCUCUGUGAUCCCCCUUCUUCUCAUCUACCCCAUGAUCCGCUAUGGUAAGGAGUUGAGACGAAGAUCUGCAGACAGAUACAAGUACUUUGCAGAGCUUACCUGGGAGUAA